AUGGCUGCUCCCGGCUCAUUUCCCGGGUCGGGAGCGGGGCUGCCGGGCGUGGGGCAAUUCCGUCUUGAUAUCGGCGUUGGAUUAGAUGGUUAUCCUGGUCUGGAUGAGGCGUAUCGACAGUCGCCGAAUGCUUCGUUUAGGCGGAUGCCGAUGCAGAGUCAUCAGCAUGGUGUAACUCAGGGUGCUCCUGCUUCUGCGCAGCCUGCUGGCGGAGGGCAGUUUGGUAUUCUGGCUCCCACGACGAUGCCUAGUGGUAUCGUGGAUGGUCAUUUGGACGGCACGCGGCAGGUUUCUUUUGCCAUGGACGGUGGCAAUCCUGACUUACAGGAGGGUUUGCAUACGGGGGAGAAGACGCAGGGCAAGUUGCCGGGUAAAAUAGUCGUGGAUCCGCCGGAUUUGCAAACCUGGAGGGAGAAGCUCUUCAAUGUCGAUGAUAUGAUCGUCUUGACUGAUGAACAAUUUGAAACCUACUUCCCCCACGUAGACAACGUCUACUCCCACCGCUCUACCCAGCGGUACAAACGCAAGCCCUUCGUCUCCCACUACUGGGACUGCCGCAUGAAAGGCCGCCCACCGGGGACCCCAAAAUCAGACGACCCUUCCAAAAAGAAGAGGAAGCGCAACGCCCGGGAACGUGACCUGUGUGACGUCAAGAUCCGCGUCACGGAAUACUUUCCCAAUGCCAGCGCCUACGUCGACCGCGAGGCGGCUGAAGCAGCUGCCGCGGCCGGCGCAACACUCCCCGUCGGCCAGAGAUUUUGGACAAUCCAACGUGUGAACGGCAAUGGCGGGAAUGGGAAAGGGGACGGCGUUGCUGGCCCGCAUAGACAUACACUGGAGAAGAGUGAUGAGAUUAAGAAGAAUAGUGUGCAGCGGUAUGUUGCGCAGCAGGAGAGGCAGGUCAAAAAGACGCAGAAAGUGCCACAGCGACGAGCAACUGGUGCGGCUGCUACGUUGGUCAAGAAACAUGUGAAAGAGCACAGUUUCAAGCUCUAUUCCGCCUGCUAUUGCCCAUUCUCUCAACGGGUCUGGAUCGCCCUCGAAGCCAAAGGCCUACCCUAUCAAUAUUGCGAAAUCGAUCCGUCAAAAUCCUCUCUUCCGACGGCAUUCACCCAAGCUAGUCCCCGUGGAAAUGUCCCCGCCAUCCGUCAAGACGACUGGUCUUGUCCAGAGAGCGCAGUCAUUCUCGAAUACCUCGAAGACAUGGAUGCGGACACACCUCUCCUACCCUCAGAUCCAAAAUACAGGGCCAAAUGCCGCCUAUGGAUAGACCAUAUCAACUCCCGCAUUGUCCCAUCAUUCUACAGCCUCCUAUCCGCCCAGCAGCAACCAUCCCAAAGCGAAUCUACUAGCCUUCUCCAAACACACAUCACUAGUCUCGUUCUGGCUGCAGAUGAGCAAGGGCCGUUCUUUACGGGUUCAACACUGAGUCUGGUAGACAUUCACUUUGCUCCAUUUGCGAUACGGUUGUCAAGGAUAUUGCGGCCUUUGAGGGGAUGGACGGAUCCCGUGCCAGGGACGAGAUGGAAUAGGUGGCUGGAUGCGUUGGAGAAAAAUGUCCAUGUGAAGAGCACGACGAGUCUUGAUGAGCUGUAUGUUGAUACGGUGGAGUUGCUUGCUCAGAGGAGAAACUUGUAA